AUGGGCUGUUUCUCUGGCUGUUCUCGAAUGCCAGAAAAUAAGCUGAGUGUUAAAAGGAUUUCACCGAAACAUAGACGGGAGCACGAAGUGGGGUAUAGACAAGCUGUAGAGGCUCUUAGCAAGUUGGAUGUUCUGGGCAUUGCAACGCGGAAAAUGAUCGCCACGGUCAAUGAUAUUGAGAGGAUUACCAAAGAUAUUGAUGAGAUUCUGGAAUUUGAAGCCCCAUCAUUUCCCAACGUGCAGCUGAAGAGGUCAUGUCAGGAUUUUAUCGGGGUAUAUGAGGAGAGAUUGGCCAGCUUGGACUCUAUGAGAGAAAAUCGUUGUAAGGAUAGUUUGUCCGGUGGUGAACAUGAGAUGGUCUAA